AUGGCGCCACUUUUGAGCAAGCAUGUAGAGAAGUGUCUCCUGCAGCCGUCUCUGCUGAUGAAGCGCGCCGGCGGGCUCUGCGCGGCCUCCCGCGACAAGGCCUGCCCGCGGCCCGCCGCGCCCGAACUCAAGGAGGCCUACAGACAAUUCCAAGUGGCGAACUACAAGUGCCUCUGCGCAGCCAUAUUGAUCAUGCGGCCGGAGGCGAAGUUCUAUCAGUUUCUGUUCAGCCGCAACGUAUGGGAGAAGCUGUUCGAUUGUGAACAACAGUGGAAGCUGCCUUUGAAGAUGACUUGGUCGCAGCAAAAGACAAUCCACACAGUGGUCGACAGUCCUACCGGUCGGACUAGCGCUACUAGUGCCAGUAGAACUACCAGAACUAGGAUGUUUCUGAGGACUCUGUCAGAAAACCCACUGCAGUUCGAUCUGAUGGAUACUGAUGAGGAGCCUCCGGAAAACUCCCACGAAAUCGAACUGGUAGACAACGAGUUGAACUCCCAAGAGUGUGCGGACACUGUGAUGGGUCUACUACAACACGCGAGCUCUCUGCACCACACUGGAUGGGUGACCGCGCUCGCUGAAGGAUUAACAGGGAGCGCGCCGCUGGCUCAGUGUGCGGACACUGUGAUGGGUCUACUACAACACGCGAGCUCUCUGCACCACACUGGAUGGGUGACCGCGCUCGCUGAAGGAUUAACAGGGAGCGCGCCGCUGGCUCAGUGUGCGGACACUGUGAUGGGUCUACUACAACACGCGAGCUCUCUGCACCACACUGGAUGGGUGACCGCGCUCGCUGAAGGAUUAACAGGGAGCGCGCCGCUGGCUCAGUGUGCGGACACUGUGAUGGGUCUACUACAACACGCGAGCUCUCUGCACCAUACUGGAUGGGUGACCGCGCUCGCUGAAGGAUUAGCAGGAAGUGCGCCGCUGGCUCAGAUGGUAUGCAACUGCAGGGAAGCGUUGAAGCCUCACGCGGGCGUCCUCCGAAGCCCUCUCAUAGAAGUGAUGGCGACUACAGCGAGAGAGGACAACGGGAGGAAACUGGUCAACAGUCUGCAUGUUGAUAUUCUAGAAACCCUUCUCCUUUGGAAAGAUACACCAGACCUGCAACCAUCGGAGCACCUGAACUCAGCCAUAGAGUAUCUAAUAAACACGUGCAUAGACAACCACGGCUAUGCCAGCAUGAUGAACUGGCUGGCAAGUCUAUUGGACAGGAGUCUGGAGGUCUAUGGUAGAUUGGUGGCAGUGCCGUGGAGGUGUUUUGAAAGUUUUCUCACUGUGCGCGAAAAACAAAAAGCAGUACUGCGCAUUCUUCUAAUUGUAACAAAACACAAAAUACACAUACCCGAGCUUCUACCCGCAUUAAUAGCAUUGGAAGAAAGACAUUGGCACGAGAUAAAGUUGGCCGAACUGUUUGGCCAAGCGUUGGCGUGUGCGAGCGAGACGGAGCGACCGGUCUCUAAGUACAGACAGUUCAUGGACAGACAGAGACAGAGGGAGGAGAUUGAUUCUUACGUUAAGUUGCUGUAUUAUGCGCAGAUUGGCUAUCCUAUGAUAUGUGACGAGUAUCAUUUUAAAAUGGUCCUGCAACUAACAGCUAGGGUAGUAGGCCACACGAAGUCCAAAUGCCUCCGCAUACUAUCCACCUACAUAUCCCACACCGAACAGACGGAAUUGCUGUCUACCCUCGACAUCUGCAGUCUCCUCAGAGAACUGCCUCUAGAGAGUCUGAAGCUGGUGUCAGAUGCGCGAUGCUUGACAAGGGGGAGGGUGGGGAGACAGGUGGUGGGAGGGGUGGUGACGUGUGUCAGUCACAGUGACAGGGCUGUCAGGGGACUAGCUGUGACGGUGAUGUUGAACGUUUUUGAAGAUCUUUUCGGCCCAAAAUACGGUGAACCGUCAGCUAAGAUCCCAAAAUCACACCCAAGCAAAAUACUACACAACAUCGAGUCACCCGAUACGUAUACUAGCUCCGUUAUUGAGAGCAUAUCACUGGCUGUGACUGAUAGUGAUGCGGGUAUAGCUAGUAACGCGAGAGAAAGGGUAGCCAAGUGUUUGAAUGGAGACGAUAUGAAGAUCAGACUAGCAGAGAGCUUCCUCAUAUCGUUCUGCAUGCCAGCCACUAUGAAUAAGAAUCGAGAACCUUCUGUCUGUGCGUCGGCCUUCUUCGACCUGCUAUUCAGAGGCCUGAGAGGCCAGGAGAGGUUUAAACUCGCUAAACUGAGGGAGGACGCCUUGGAUUUCAGGGAUCCACUUUCGAUGUCUUCAAAACUGGUAACCAACACAAGGACUUAUCAAGGGUCGUUUUUGAGUACCAUGGGAAAACGAGCUCGCGUUAAACUUGAUGAAACUCAAAGUGGUAUUAACGUUCAAAUACCCAUCGAUGACAUCUUAGGAUCGUUUCUAUCGUUUGCUAAGGACAAGCCAGACGUGUCUCUCUCCCUCUGCGUCGAAGUAUCCCGCAUGAUUCUGUCCAGCGGUCGCGGGUUCGACACCCGUCCAAGCCUGUCGCGACAGCUGUGCGACAUGUUGGCAUCGGUCGGCGAUGGUACUCCAGUAGCGGUCGAGAUGGCGAGGCUGAUGGUGGAUGAUAUGAAGACUGUCAUUGAAUUUGAAACAGCUCUAGACAAACUGAAAGACGUAACAAAGUGCACCGAAGGCGAGGACCUGGUUCAGUUGUUAUACGAGGAGUACCGCCUCAGAGCCGAUCCGGAUACGUUUGAGUUCGGUAGCAUUUUCAUGGAGUACGCCGAAACGGAUUCAGAUACUACUUUUGAUGAUAUGACAUCAGCAUUCGGCAAGCUGUCCAAUUGGGACACACUGACGAUUCAGCAGAAGAACGAAGUCCAACGCGGAGGACUACCGCAGCUGUGGAUGCCAGAAGACACUUUUAAGACCUGGCUGACCGAAGCAAAUGUGGCGAACUCAAAAUCCUGGUUCAACAAAAUGUUGAGCUCGUACCGUGAUGAGUGCAAGCAGGACAGCCUGCGAUGGCUGAGAGAGACGGAUAGAUGGCCGAGGCGACACUUCGAUAUAUCUGUGGUAACAGAACUGAUAGAAGGCAACGAGUGGAGCGAGCAAGAAAUGAAGACGCGAUGUGAUAUCAGGCCCUCAGACUGCUUGGUGGAGUGGGCAGCUAGGCUUAUGGUCAGAAGAGCGCAAGUAUCAGAGCAGGACGGAGAAUCAGUUCCGUCUCGCUCGCACGAGCUGCUGUGGUGUAGGACAGCGAAUGACAGAGGACUACCGCACCUGGCCAUCAACUGUGCUGAUUUAAACGCCCGUGCGGCAGAGGUCAGCGAACAACUAUCGUGGCAGAUCGAAAAGGCUCGUGCUAUGAGGAUUAUCGGUUUGAACAGCAACAAUGUUGAUAUGCUGGGCGACGCUUUGUCCUUACUUGAAUCAAAGAAGGAUGCAUUGAACGAGUCUUCAAGCAACGAUAUUAUAAUGUGGAACAGUCUAGCCGCCUCUCUGCAUCAGGACCUAGGAUCGAUAACCAAAGAGCAGCUGCAAGGAUUUAUAUCAAACGCAGAGCAGGCAUCGCGGCGCAGUGUCAAGCUCGACAAGCCCUCGCUAUGCGCGCUGUACGAAAUGGCUAUUGGCUUCUACGACGAUGUGUGGAGUGAUGAAUCGUCCGACCAGAACGACCUCCUAUCCAACAUGGCGGACCUCCUCGGGCUAAUAAUAGAGCUGGAUCUCUUCCAACGAGCCGAGCUGUUCCUGGCCGUCAUACUGAACAAAUUGGACGAGUUUACAGCGGAAAUGAGCGAAGAAACAGCGAGGAAUGUUUUGGAGAAGGUCUCCCUUCUUCCCCACCUAGACGACACAUCCCUAGACCAGCUCAGGUCCCAUGUUCCCCUCUUCCCCCCCAUCCUACAGGACUUCCCCUCGCUAUCGACUGCUCUGACGUCUGCAGACGACAGCUGGAAGAAACAGUUCCAACUGGUCUGCGACCUCCGAUACUCACUGUUGAGGAGGUGUGAGGCGCUGAAGAGAGAGAUUGGGGAUCCCACAAAAUGGCAGAAAUCUUUUGAGCUGCUGAAAGACAAUAUAUUUGAGAAUCCAUACUCAUUACAGAGUUCGGAAUACAACGUGUUAGCCAAGUAUAAGCAAGAUCUGUACAUGAUAGAAGACUAUGGCCAGGUGUCGGUCUUCACUGACGCCGUCAGCCGUCCAGCGGUGUUAUCACUCCUACUAACAGAUGGGACUGUCCGUCGGUACAUCCACAAAAGUGGUGAUCGCUUGCAAGUGGAGCGAGCGGCGCAGCGAGCGGCGGCGGCCGCGGCGACGCUGGUGCGAGGGACAAGGCUGCGGUAUGAGGUGACCCCACUCGGAGAGGACAGUGGGCUGAUAGAGUUCGUCGAAGACUCCACCAGACUCCGCGAUAUGAUCAACAGCGUGUAUGAUCUAGAUCAAGUGGACAUCGGCGCGAGAGCUGAAGAUGAAGAGCUGAUCCUGUCCUCAGCAUCCUUGGAGCACUACCGCAACUUUUGCAGUCAAGUACCGGCCCACGCUCUGAGGUCAGCCAUCGAAGCGAACUGCUCGUCGACAGAAGAUUUUAUAAAGAAGAAGCACAAGUUCGUCGAAACGCUGAGCUUGCUUACUCUGCUGUGCUGGAUAUUCGGGCUAGGCGACCGUCAUCUAGAGAAUAUGAUGUAUUCGCUCCGUUGCGGCGCGUUGUGGUGCGUCGAUUGGGCGCCGUUGCUGCAGUGCGGCGCGCGAGAGCUGCCGCCUGCCAGGCUGACGAGGAGCCUGCGAGCCGUGGCCGACACUAGAGUUUUAGAAGCGCGCCUGCAAAGUCUGCUGCAAGCGCUGCGAGACUCCAGCAAGCUGUUUCUACACGCUGUGAAGGGUUCCUUCAAGUGGAUGGGACAGGAGUUUGACAGCAAGUACCCCAUAAUAGAAAACUACGCGACCGGCCGUGCGACGUCACGCGAAGUGACCAAGCAAGCCGUGAUGGCGUCCGACAGAGCCUACAAAGAAAGAAUCGUCAGGCUACUUGAUGAUACCUUCAGCGAUCUGGAGCAAAAGGAGGAGUACAGCGUGGUGGAACAGGUGACCUGCCUGCUGCGUCAAUGCACCGACCCUCGAAUCCUCAGCGUCACCCGUUCAGGCUGGGAGCCCUGGGUCUGAUCAUCAUCAGGUCAUUUAGUCUCCAUUGCAGGAGCACGACCCUCUCUAAUUUAUCAGAGGCAAUUGGAGACCUGAGCCUUAUUCACGUAACAAAACUUCAACGACAACAAAUCGCUGAAUGCGAUCCUAUCGAGUUAUCGUUCUAUCAAAAUGACCCUUGUGAAUACGGAUUUAUAGCCUGACCAGGAACAUAAAAACCCUCGCCAUGUUGCGGAAAACUAAUUGUACUAAUUUCUUUUAAUGGCAACAGUAACUGAAAACUUCAUUGACAUGUCACCUUGCAUGUCAGUCUAUUGCUGUCAAAGUGUAAACAAAGUUUAUUUUAAAUGUGCGCAAUUGGUUUUAUGAAUUAAAUUGCUAAAAUAUUUUUAUAGUCGUGAAAGAAAAGUGGUUCACAAUGUGUUAAAGUACUUGUCGAAGAGAAAUACUAAGGGUUCGGACAAUAUUUUCAUUGAAUAAUGUUUCCGACAAAGGUUGUCAAAUUGACUGACAUGUUUAUCGUAUAGUACAGUCCACUAUGAAAAUUAGCUGUGGUUUGUUUCAACUACCUAUUUUAAAAAUUUUGUCACUUUCUAAGUGUUGAAUUUUAUGGGAUUGGGAAAGAAGUACCGAGUUUGAAGCGUUCAUGAGCAGACAUUGCAGUUGAAUAUUCAAGUUCUGAAUUUGAUUAUUGAUGAAUAAUAAAAUAAAUCUACUAGCUCGAUUGAUGGUUUCAUUUAAUUUAUUUAAAUCAGGUUACCUAUAGUAAUAUUUUUUCGUUAAUUUAUGAAAAUAUCAAAUUAGCCCGUAAUCCUGAAUUCUGAUACAUAAAGUUAGCCUAUUAAUUUAACACAGGUACGACUGUACUCAGUGUUGCACUAUCAAAUGCAAUUGACGCGCCUCUAUGCCAGGGUUUUUAUGUUUCUGGUCAGGCUAUAGAACUUUUUUUUUUUUUUUUUUUAUUUGUGGCAACCAAACCUCUCUGGGAGGUUUAUUUCUGCCAAUGUCGAGUGAAAAAUAUUGACAUAGUUAUCAAUAGAACGUGGGUGUUUCAGUUCUAUUGAUUUUUCAUGGAUUCCGUGGAGUUAAGUAUGCCCGUAAGCAGGUUUCGAGACGCCACCGGGUCCAAAGCGGGUUGUUCAUACGACAACCCACUCGACACUCGAUGCGCGCUCAAAUUCGAAGUAUUUCAAUGUUUUUUAUAAUUUAUCACUUCACUGCACUUUAGAACACAAAAUAACACCAAAUUUGUACACUAAAGUCCAUUAAAUAAUAAAUUGAAACCAUUAAAACAGAUCGACCAUGCUUCCCGUUCAACUACCCUCCACGGAAUCCGGCUAUAGAACUGUUUUUCAAUGGGAUGACUUCUGAACGUCAGCGAGAUCUUGACUGUCAAAAUACGUGAAUUAGGCCACAGAUACAGUCAGCGUGAAAUUUUAAUAGUUUGUGACACCCAAAGUAGCCAAGAAGUUCGCAACAUGUCUUUGUUACUUACGGUUGAGUUGUCAAUUUUUUGGGCACUUUGGGGGUUACGAACUAUUUGACGCAGACUGUAUAGAUCGUUUCAUCGAAGCGAGGGGUGCGGGGAGUGUGGUCCGAGCAAUCCGUAAGGCAUUACUGUAGUGUGCGUGUGCACUCAUGGAGCAUUUAGCGUGUACCGAUAACACUCAAACAUUCGCGGAAGAAUGGUGGGGCGCGUCCGAUUGGAUGAAACGAUCUGUAGCAUUAUUGGCAGAUAGAUGAUGAUUCUACAUCGCAAGUUGCUAUUUCACUUUUAUUGUUGUUUUAUAAUUAUUAAUUAAAAUAAAAUCGUGG